GGCGGCGCCGUCUGGCUCGGUUGGGCCGGGGCGGGAGCGCGGCGCGGGACGGCAGGGCCCGCGGGCUGCCGACGGCGGCCUAGGUGGCCGGCAGGUUUAAUUUUUGGACCUGUCUGCAAAUGAUCCACGUAUUUAUCUAUAGAUGAUCUAUAUACUUACACUGUGUAAAACAUUUAUAUAGUUCCAGAAUCAAAGCUGCAUUACUAAGAGUACUUAGGAUUUCACGUAUUUUUGCUGAACUUAUUUAAAAAAAGGCGCUUGGGAUGAUGGAUUAACAAGAACAUUGAAAUUCUGUGAAAACUUUCAAAUUGGAGCAUACUGAAUUUUCACCCUAGUCCAGCAGCUCUGCUGCUCACUUAAAUACAGAUGAAUGAAGACCCCAUUCGGGAAGACACCUGGCCAGCGGUCCAGAGCUGAUGCAGGCCAUGCUGGUGUAUCUGCAAGCAUGAUGAAGAAACGGACAUCCCACAAAAAACAUCGGAGCAGUGUGGGGCCGAGCAAACCUGUUUCCCAGCCCCGGCGGAACAUCGUAGGCUGCAGGAUUCAGCAUGGGUGGAAAGAGGGGAAUGGCCCCAUCACCCAGUGGAAAGGAACCGUUCUGGACCAGGUGCCUGUAAAUCCUUCUUUGUAUCUUAUAAAAUACGAUGGAUUUGACUGUGUUUAUGGACUAGAACUUAAUAAAGAUGAAAGAGUUUCUGCGCUUGAAGUCCUCCCUGAUAGAGUUGUAUUGGAAACAAGAUGGGAAAGGCCUUUGCUUUCAUCACUGUGCAGUCUAAAAGCAACAACAUCUCGAAUCAGUGAUGCACACCUAGCCGACACAAUGAUUGGCAAAGCAGUGGAACACAUGUUUGAGACCGAGGAUGGCUCUAAAGACGAGUGGAGGGGAAUGGUCUUAGCACGCGCCCCUAUAAUGAACACAUGGUUUUACAUCACCUAUGAAAAAGAUCCUGUCUUGUACAUGUACCAGCUCUUAGAUGAUUAUAAAGAAGGCGACCUUCGCAUUAUGCCCGAUUCUAAUGAUUCACCUCCAGCAGAAAGGGAACCAGGAGAAGUUGUGGACAGCCUGGUAGGCAAACAAGUGGAAUAUGCCAAAGAAGAUGGCUCUAAAAGGACUGGCAUGGUCAUUCAUCAAGUAGAAGCCAAACCGUCUGUCUAUUUCAUCAAGUUUGAUGAUGAUUUCCAUAUUUAUGUCUACGAUUUGGUGAAAACAUCCUAGAUGUCAUCACGAACUUUGCCAAAUUUGUGGAACUCUUAAAUGUAUAAUUUGUAGACAUAAAGACUUGAUUGCUUUCCAG